AUGCCAAGGCCGAACGAAUCAGAGGAGACCUUCGAGGAUUGGGUGUAUCCGGAAUCACGAGCCCAGAAUCGCAUAUCCAAGAAGGCCCUAGAGUUUUACGAGAGGAAUUACGGGUUUAAACGACCCUUGAACGUUCUGUGUUCCUCAUCGUUUUUAAAAAAAUGGCGGUCUGCUGGAGAGAUUGAAAAGCGUCUGUUAAGUGUUCUUGGCAAGAAAGCCGUCGUUUGGGCUACUAAUUGCGUCCUCCAGGAAUUGGGCGGAGGAGGGUAUGAGGGCAAAGUUUACAGCUGUGAUCAUCAAUCCACAACUGGGAAAUCGUGCUUACAUCAAAUUGCAAAGCAGGAAAGCAGCAAACAUCUAUUUGCCACCGAUAAUACGUACUUCGGCAAGACUCUCCUAAAGCUUGCCGGGGUCCCAGUUAUUUUGUUGCAGAGGAGGGCUCUGAUGUUGAAGAAACCGUCCGGGGCACAGCGCGCCUUCGCGAAGGAAAGGAAGGCGGCAAGGAUGGCUGAGGCUGAGGCACAGCCAAAGGAAGGCUGAAUCCCAAUCGCAUUAGUUUAAUGGAUUUUUUUCUUAGACGUUAUAGUCUAGAAUUACAGAACAUAAGAAGUUGUGCGAAUUACAGACUGUUGUACAUUGACCUCCUUUGAAAACUUAAUCAAAACUUGCAUGUUAUCUCUGUGAA